GAGUAGAAGUACGAGGCAUCGAGAGACCACGUUGUUAACGUGGUGUUGGUAAACCUGUUCCAAUGUUGAUACUGUGGCAGAUGGAAGAAUCUGGGCUAUCGAAUCGACUGAUAGUCCGAUUCUUCACCUUCAGACUUUAGUACGGAUAAGAUUACCUCGAAAACUGAGACAUAAUGUCGUUAUGUGUACUAAGUAAACAUUUUGUGAAAACGUUAACUGGUCAGACAUCUUAUAUUCUUCAUGCUAGGAAUAAAGCUAAAUCCCUUUUGAACUAUAGCAAUAUUCGUAGUAUUUGGAAAGGUACUGAGCCAUUGUGUGAAGAUGACUCAGAAAUUUGGAAGCUACUUCAAGAAGAAAAACAUAGACAGACAUCUGGUCUUGAACUCAUUGCUUCUGAAAAUUUCGCUAGUCGUGCCUGCUUGGAAGCAUUAGGUUCCUGCUUAAAUAACAAAUAUUCAGAAGGCUAUCCUGGACUUAGGUAUUAUGGUGGAACUGAAGUUAUAGACAAAAUUGAACUUUUGUGCCAAAAGCGAGCUCUUGAGGCAUUUUCUUUGGAUCCUGAGAAGUGGGGUGUCAAUGUUCAACCAUAUUCUGGUUCACCUGCUAAUUUUGCAGCUUAUACCGCUCUUUUGAAUCCUCAUGACAGGCUCAUGGGAUUAGAUUUACCUGAUGGUGGACACUUAACACAUGGUUUCAUGAAUGAUCAGAAGCGAAUAUCCGCAACUUCUAUUUAUUUUGAAUCUAUGGGAUAUAAACUAAAUCAAGAAACUGGACUAAUUGAUUAUGACAAAUUAGAAGACAUGGCAAAAUUAUUUCGUCCAAAACUGAUAAUUGCAGGAACUAGUGCAUAUUCACGACUUCUGGAUUAUAAACGGUUCAGAGAGAUUUGUGAUGCUGUGGGAGCUAUUCUUCUUGCUGAUAUUGCUCACAUCAGUGGUCUUGUUGCUGCUGGUGUUAUUCCAACUCCAUUUGACUAUGCAGAUGUUGUCACUACAACCACACAUAAAACACUUAGAGGUGGCAGGGCUGGCAUGAUAUUUUUCCGCAAAGGAACCAAAAGUACAGACAAGAAUGGGAAAGAAAUAAAAUAUGAUUUUCAACAAAGAAUAGAUUUUGCCGUAUUUCCUCGUUUGCAAGGUGGACCACAUAAUCAUGCUAUUGCGUCUGUUGCUGUAGCUUUAAAACAGGCUAUGUCAUCGGAAUUCCGCGAGUAUCAACAACAAGUUUUAAAAAAUGCUAAAGCUAUGGCUAAGGCCUUGAUGUCGAAGGGCUAUACUUUAGUUUCUGGUGGAACAGAUAAUCAUCUAUUGUUGCUUGAUUUGAGACCUAAUGGACUUGAUGGUGCACGGUUAGAAUGUGUUAUGAAUGAAACUAAUAUCACAGCUAAUAAAAAUACUUGUCCUGGGGACAAAUCUGCUUUAGUUCCUGGUGGAGUUAGAUUGGGUGCGCCAGCUCUUACAUCUCGGAAUUUCAAAGAAAAAGACUUUGAACAGGUUGUAGAAUUCAUUGAUCAAGCUGUGAAAAUAGCACUAGAAGUGAAAAAGAAAUCUGGUAAAACUGUCAAAGAAUUUAAAGCCUAUCUUGAAACUGAUGAUGACAUAAAAGCUAAGAUAAAGUCAUUGCGCAGUGAUGUUGAAAAGUUUGCAUCUGCAUUUCCAAUGCCUGGCUUUCCUGGUCAUUAACACCUUUGAAUGUAUGAUUUGCCUUUGUUUACAUGUACAUAUGACUUGUUCCUUGACAAUAUUAUAGUUAAUUUCACUUGUAUUCAGAAGAAAUUUCCUGAGCUGAAUAUAUUGCAGUAUUAUUGUUUUAUUUUACAUUGAAAAUAUUACUAUACUGAGCUUAUAUAUAAUUGUAAUUUCCUAAAAAUAAAAUGAUUGGGAAUUGAU